AUGACGCUUGCACUUGUGCUGCUAUUAGGGGCUUGCGUCCGCGGCUUCCUCUAUGCCGUCCCCUCUCUGCAUUCCACGCUUUCGCUUCGCCCUGAGCUAGUGACACCAACUUCCUCGUUCCACCGUAUUCAGGAAGGUGUCUUCCUCUAUGUCUCGACUGGUUCACCCUAUUCGGGCGACGUCUUCCAUCAGCCGCCGCUCGUAUUCGCUUUAUUCUAUCCAGUGCUUCAAUACGUACCUAUGGCCCUCCAAUACUUUAUACGAUGCGCUCUAUUUAUUUCGGUGGACUUGCUACUGGCCGUAGGGUUUGCCCGUCUAUGUGCCAACACCCUUAAACUGGAAGAAGGACGGGUCUAUAAAGUCAAGAACCAAGGGAUUUGGCUCAGCCAAAUACCCGUAUCGCCUCUAUUUCGACCAGAGACUUUAUCGAAGACUGUCGCCUUUAUUGCACUGCUGAACCCCUAUUCCCUGGCUUCGAGUGUAGCCAUGUCGACAGUGUCGUUCACCCAUUUGGCAGUACUCUACAGUUUAGUCUUUGCUUCAGAAGGAGCUGUUGCUGCGUCCAUGAUGUGUGUGGCGUUGGGCACAUACUUGUCUGUCUAUCCAUUUUUCAUGAUGCUGCCAAUUGCGCUGCUACUACGCAGUGCUGUCAUUGGAAAAGCUGGGAAGAGCCAAAAAGACUCUGGAAUGUGGGUGACGCUCGCCUUGAAGUGCUUGGGAAUGUUUGGUGCCUGGAUGAGUCUGCUGUUUUACUUGUCCUAUGAAUUGAAUGGAGGCUGGACUUUUUUGGAGGAAACAUAUGUGUGGGUCGCUAAGUAUUCGGAUUUGACCCCGAAUGUCGGCAUUUUCUGGUACCUCUUUAUUGAGGUCUUCGAUCGCUUCGUCCCGUAUUUCCUCUUCGUACUGCACCUGCAUCCUGUCAUCUACGUUAUCCCAAUCUACCUCCGUCUGGCAAAUCGACCUCAAGCCUACGCUUGUGUGACAUUCGGCAUCUUCUCCCUCUUCCAGGCUUAUCCCUCCUUUGGUGACUUUGGCUUUUUCCUCUCGAUGAUGGCGUUGCACCCGAAAACGAUCAUGACGAUCGAAAACAGGUUUGUCUACGUGAUUGGCCUGGGCGCAGCGACGUACAUGUUGCCCGUGAUGUGGUUCUUGUGGCUCUACCCGGCCUCUGGCAACGCAAACUUUUUUUACAAUCAGACGUUAGUCUACCAGAUCUUCAGUUCCCAAAUCAUCACGGCGUUUGUGGGCGCGACGAUGAAGCGCGACAAGGAUGUGGACAAAUAUAGAGCAAGCGUGUUGAAGGAGCAGGAAAAGGCCGAAGGAGUUGAGAUGCACAAGUAG